AUGCCCUCUCAUUUCCCAACUAAUCCCACUUCUACCCCAACACCCAACUCCGACGACCCAACCUCCUCCUCCGACAACCCGAACACCGCCCGAUCACCCAAAACGACACCGUCAGAGAUGUGGAACUACCUCUGGAUUCCUUUCCUGAUUUCCUUGUCCAAGGAGCUCAGCUUGGCCAAGGCCCAGUCCCCGAUUCUCUUGCCGAGUCAACUCGGAGUCGGCCCCUCCGACUCGUCCUCCACCAGGUGUACGGCUCUAGACCCGAAGCUCAAUUACCGGCCGGUGAUCGGCAUCCUCAGUCAUCCCGGCGAUGGCGCCUCUGGUCGGCUCAGCAACGCCUCAACGGCGUCGUAUAUCGCUGCUUCCUAUGUCAAGUUUGUUGAAGCUGCUGGGGCUCGUGUUAUUCCUCUCAUCUACAACGAGCCUCCUGAUGUUCUGUUCCAGAAGCUCAAUCUGGUCAAUGGCGUGCUUUUCACUGGAGGCUGGGCUAAAAGUGGUUUGUACUAUGACAUUGUGGAGAGAAUAUUUCAGAAAAUUAUAGAGAAGAAUGAUGCAGGGGACCAUUUUCCUUUAUAUGCCACCUGCUUAGGUUUUGAACUUCUAACAAUGAUCAUCAGCAAGAACAAGAAAAUUCUCGAGUCUUUCAGCGCAGAAAAUAUGGCGUCAACUUUACAGUUUACUGAGAACACGAUUAUUGAAGGAACUGUAUUUCAAAGAUUUCCUCCAGACUUGCUUAAAAAGUUGAGUACAGAUUGUAUUGUAAUGCAAAACCAUCAUUAUGGUAUCUCACCAGAGAGGCUGCAGGAGAAUCCCAAUCUGUCAAGUUUCUUUAAGAUCUUGACGACUAGUACUGAUAAAGAUAAUAAGGUCUAUGUCUCCACAGUUCAUGCAUACAGCUAUCCUGUGACUGCCUUCCAAUGGCAUCCUGAGAAAAAUGCUUUUGAAUGGGCCUCACCAAUGAUUCCGCACUCAGAAGAUGCCAUUCAAGUGACCCAGCAUGUCGCAAACUUUUUGGUCAGUGAGGCAAGGAAGUCAUUAAACAGGCCGCCUGUUCGUAAUGUCCUUGACAAUCUCAUCUACAAUUACAGUCCAACUUUCUGUGGGAAGGCUGGACAGUGGCGCUCUCAUGAGUCUAAAUCUGUCUGUGCUUUUCUAUGCCACCCUACCGGUGUGUUGUCCGGCGUUGUCUGCAAGGCUCUUGCACAGCUUUUAUUUAGAAUUGGCACCUUUUCUUGUGCUAUCUUCCCCAUUAUAUUUCAGCUUUGUAAAUGUUUUACCUUUGAAGCAAGUUCUGGCUUAACAGAAAGGUAA